GACAACGCACGCGCAGUGGGAGCAGAGAAGGGCAGCGUGAAGCGAGGCAAACGAAAAGGAGAGUUAGGUAAUAGGAUUAGUGGAGGAAGAGCAAGGACAGGGAAGCAGGCAGAGUGAGAGGCGGGACACACCUGGCUGAAUCAGGGAGGGCGGCCUCUCUGCACACAGACGCGCACUCAGUGCUAGCAAGCAGGCGAAGGCAGUUAGCCAGCAGAGAGCCUGCCAGCAGCCAUGACAGACACUGACUCUCUGUGUGAGGCGUUAAAAGCUAUUAGUGUGAGUACAGAGCUGAUUGAAGAAGAGCUCAAGCCUCAUUUGGAUACAGUGCUGGCUGCGCUGCUAGAAAAGAAGAAAGAUGCUGCUAUCGACGUUGCCAAAAGUGGGAUUCUACCCAUACUGGCUCAGGCCUUACAGAGAAAAAGCAGUCUGAGCUGCCAGGUGGCUUUGGUGGUGGCAGAGAUGGCCCGAGAAGACUCUGCAAGGGAGGCGCUGGCACAGCUGGAUGUUGCAGAUGUACUGAUAUUUCAGCUGAAACAGGCCCCUGAUGCUGAACGCCGACAUGUCAUUUUGGAAAUACUGGGCUCUCUGGGAGAGAGCGAUACUCUGAAACUACAGUUUGCAGAGUCAGGAGUCCCAGAAGCUUUAUCCGAGAUGAUUCGGAGUCUGCAGGGAGGGUCUGACCCACAUGACCUCUGCAGCAUCAAGAUUGCCUCCAACCUAAUGGUGUCCCUGCUUUUAGGGGAUGAGUCCAUGCAGAAGUGUUUUGGUGAAGGAUCAGGUCUGGUGUACCAGGAUGUUCUGUCAUGGCUCCAGAGCUCCAACACCCAACUGCAGCUAUCGGGAGCGCUGGCCAUCGCCAACUUCGCCAGGAAUGACAGUAACUGUGUGAAGAUGCUGGACCUCGGAGUGGUUCCUCACAUCCUGACAUUGUUGGAGCAGCACGUAGAUGAAGGAGACGUAUCUGUUCAACAUGCUGGACUAAGCGCACUCAGAAACCUUGCCAUUCCUGCCACCAACAAAGUGCGAAUGCUGGAGGACGGGGUGACUGACAGAAUAAAGACGCUGCUGCGCUCGGACAUGCCCCCAGUUCAGUUCAAACUGCUGGGCACUCUGCGUAUGAUGGUGGACGGACACGAGGAAGCUGCGUUAGUGCUGGGGAGAGACGCUGACCUACUCGAUCGGAUCAUGGAGUGGUGCGAAGCCAAGGAUCAUGCAGGAGUCAGAGGAGAAGCCAGUCGCCUGCUGGCUGCUCUCAUCAGACAUAGUCAGAACUCUGAAGUUGUCCGUGAGGUAGCCAGAGCCAAUGGAAUUCGGCAUCUUGUUUCUAUGGCAUCAAGUGAACAUGUCAUCAUGCAGAAUGAAGCCCUGGUUGCCCUGGCAAUUGCAAGUGCCAUUGACAUUGAGUCUAUGAAGGAUCCAUUUGGGGAGGCAGACCUGUUACCCAUGCUGAAGAAGAUGUUGGAGGAUCCUGUGGGAGCGGUCGAGGUCAAGUUCAGUGCUUUAGGUCUCAUUUGCAGCCUGGCUAACUCCAGUGUCAUGAAGGAGGCGUUGAACUCUGUGAAUAUGAAGGAAAGCAUCAGUAAACUCACAGAUCAUAGCAGCAGUAAACUUGCCUCACAGGCCAGCUCCAUACUGACCGUCCUGGGUGACACCAGCUAAACCAGCAUCCUGCAGCAACAGGGACCCAUCAGCUGUAUGGAUUUACCGAGCUUAUUCAGUGGCAUACUUAAACGACAGAUAUUUUACUGCACAAAUAUUGCAAAGUAUUGAACUGGCUUCUUGUCACCUGUUCUGUAAAAAUGAAGGGCCCUUUUUAGUCCCGGUGUGUGCAUGUGUGGCAGGCAACAGAUUAUAGGAGUAUUUGAGUUACGUGUUUGAUUUGCUCAACAUUAUCUUUACACUGCACAAUUCAGACAUCAUCUAAGCUCAUUUAUUUAGGUUUUCCUGUGAGUAGUAAUGAGACAUUUAUGAAUCAGAUGGUCUGCAAUGAGUAUGUAUGUGGGGCUCAAAGGUAACGACUGAAUGAAUAGCCGCAGAAAAAGUAUCCAGUCUCAGGCAGUCAUGUACCAUGACUAGCAACAUCGUAGACGUUUCACAAAGAAAGGGUAAGAGGGCAGGUGAAGUUAACUGGAGAACACAUGUUAGGUGCACCGAGUUCUUCAGUAUUCUGGACCAAAGGGGGUGGAUGGAGAAAUUUACUAAGAGCCACCUGAUGGAGGCGCAUGUGCACAGGUGUGGAGGGCAAUCAAAAGUUACGAAUAAAACCUCAGUGCUAAUAUCUGUAACUCCAGUACCCGGUCAUUGGCAAAGAUUGUAUUAUAAUAUAUGUUAAUGUUAUAUAAAGUGUUAUUGAAUAUCACUGAAUGGUGGUGCAGUGGAAGCUCUUUCUGCGUUGCGAUUCCAGGCUUGUAAUCUAAUCCAAGUGCUGCACAGGAAGUAGGAUGUCAGUAAACGGUACCAAUAAUUUAAGAACAAUUGAAAUACUCGGGGGGCACUCUGGACAGGACCCCAGCCUGACGCAGAGAUAAGUAAUAAUGUAGAAAUGAUCAUAUUAAAUGCACUGGGAAAAUGGGACAAACUGGAACUAGUCUGAAGCCGAGAAAGCUGAUGAGAAGAGGAAUGUGUUUGGGUGAACACAAACCAAGCAUUUCUAAUUCUCAAAAUUAAUGUUCUAAUUACAAGAAAAAGAUGAAGAGCUGCCGGCAGUGCUGGUUAGGGCGGGGACAUGCUCAGACUGAGGAAAUGCACCAGUGAGUAUUUGUGCUAUUGAGACCUUGACAGCCUCCUGAUAUUUGUUAACCUUUCAUAAGACACUGCAAGCUCUCCUGCACUGAGUGCCCUUCAUUUAAGGCGGUAUGACCUCAAAGGACAGCAGUGCAGACAGCGUUAAACCGAUGUAGAGAUAGAGCCUCACACUUCAGCACAUAUUCUGCAAAUGGGCCAAGCCAGCUGAUCACAAGCGAGAGUGCAGCAUGGUCACGACUCUUACUUCAGCAACAUUGAUUUUAAAAGGCUGGCACGUGGUGAGAGAAAGUAGCAUCCUCAGCGUUGCAUGUACACACAGAUUUGACAAGUAAAAGAACCAAAUGAAGCGUCUCAGCUCGUAUGACCGACGCACGUGCUGGUGAGCCGAUACUAACGGGGAACAAUCAUAAAAUCACCAAGGAUGAAAAUAUUAGUCAGGUAAACGUUUCAGUGAGAAAGCCAAGAAAACCUUUGCUGGGCUCUAGCAGCUUGUGAACAGGGAAUGGUAAUUCCUCAACAGGUUGACCAGCCAGCUUUGCAAAGUAUGGAGAGAGAACCCUGCUGUUAGAUAACUGCCACUUCUAAUGUGGCCAUCGGUCACGUGCGUAGUUGUCUGUCUCUGUGUGACUGGUGACCUGUUCAGGGUGUACCCCGCUUCUCAACAUAUGUGGGAUAAGCUCACACCCACCACGGCCCUAAAUCGGAUAAGCAUUAGAAAAUGGAUGGAUCGGAUGAAUAUGCAGCCAGAAUAGUUCACCAAACAAACGGACCCUUUUCUCAAUAUCCCAAAGGUGAAGAAGUGACGUGUUUGCAUCAGUGAUUAAAAGAAACUUUGACGAUAUCAAGGAACUUGUUUUGUCAUGCCGGUGAUAUGAAGUGUGAUGAUUCUGAAGCAAUAUUGUUUGACCUAAAGUAGUUUUAUUUUAAUUACUCCAGUAACAAAACGACCUGCUGGAUAAGAUUGUGAUGUACAAGUGAAUGUGCAAUGCUCUGGUUUGUCUGUAUUGUGGCAGCUGAGGUGAUGUUUCUAUUUAUUUUCUGAUAGGUUGAACCUGUUGAAGAUGACACAGUCUACGUUUUAUAGUAAGCCUGUCAGCUACUAUCAAACCAGGCUGUCUGUAAAUCACCAGUGAUAUUCUGAUGAGUGGACUCAAACAUUAAAACUUGCUUUAUGGCAUAUACUCUUCCAAUAAGAACUGCAACAGAUGUGAAGGAUGAACAUACAAAUAACAGCAACAAAGGAAGAGCCCGAGAACAGCCUCUGGCUGUGAGGUGUGUGUUUCUGAAAGAUCACAUUUAUCUUCUCAAUAGUUUUAUUUAUAUAGCACCAACUGAGAGUUGCCUCAAGGCGCUUUACAUCGUAAGUUAAAGACCCAGAUGAACAUGUCUUGAUGCAUGCGCAAUCAUCGAAGUAAGGAUAGUUGACUGUGUUCCUCUGGACGUAGCACUUUUUGUUAGUCGGAGAAACUCAUCCAGGUGACGUCUUCAGUCUCGGCUGACUGCAGGUUUCCCCGAUAAAAAUAAACGGUAACAUUUGUGUAAUGACUGAAACCAGCACCACUGAUGAACAAUGGCUGUGAGGUCAGUUU